GCCGUUAUAGCACUGUGUACUUUUAUUGACAUAAGAUUUUUGCCAGUAAUUAGUUUGCUAUUAACAAUUUAAAGAGUUUUAUUAUCAUCAAUAGACUGGAAACCUUUUUUGAACUCUUGCAAACUAAACAAUUGUUUUUUUUUUUUUUUUAAAGAAUUGCAAAAUUUUUAUUUAUUGAUGUGCAAGCAGAAAGCACUUUGAUCUAAUCGUGAAAUAUAGUCUUAAUUAACACAUUUUCCAUCCAUUUUCUCAAUUUUAUUUUAAAAUGAGUGAAGAACAAGUGAAAGAACCUACUCAAACUGUUGAGAUGUCGUCUAAUGAUAUUGAAAAAAUUGAGGAGGCGAAAUUAAAAGCAAAAUUUCCACAUGGCAUUAAUAGACCAAUUAGUGGUCACUCGGCUUUUCUUCAAAAACGAUUAGCCAAAGGGCAAAAAUAUUUUGACUCUGGAGAUUAUCAAAUGGCAAAACAAAAAACGGCAAAACCAAAACCAACUGGAGUUUUGCCAACGGGAGACGCCAUACCAACACCAGAAUCAGUACCACAGAGAAAAACAUCAAUUAUUCAACAAAAAUUCAAUACGUCGACGACCUCUUAAAAGUCUCGUGAUGUUUUCUUUUUCUAUUUAUUUAUGAUUAGAUUCUUUUACGUUACGAAUAGAGAUGCCUGGUGUUAUUAAGAAGAUUGGAUGGUACGACUUGAUCAUCGCAUGAUUUAAAGGCAUGUGGGUAUUCUUUUUUUUACAAAUUCAUAAUACGCUUCUCUUCUUUUUUUUCGUUUAAGAAUAAUGCAUUAAAUUCUAAAAUUUAUUUUAGAAAAUUUUAGAUAAUGAGCAAUCACUAUUAAUUUUUUUUUUUUUUUUUUUGUAAUUUUACAUGCUUUCAAAAUUUUCUCGUCAUCUCGUGUGCGAUGAAUAAUCAUAAGAAUGCAUGAGUUUACUUAAUCCCAUACUAAUUGUAAUAUAAAAUUAAUAAUUUAUCGCCAAUAUGCAGCAAAUUCGCGUAUAUAUAUAAUGAAUUUCCAGUGAUGAAAACAUUUAAAAUUGUCGCGUAAAUUUUAGGAUGAUAAAAAAAAAUUAAAUUCGCUGCCAUUUAAAGUAUAAAAUAGCAUUGAAUUUAAAAAAAAGGGAAUUGUAAACAUUGUUGAUUUUUUCUCUUGAUUAUAAUAUAACUUUGCUCUUUAUUUUUAUAAAUUUUGAUUUUUCACUAUCUUAUUUCAUUAGAAUUAUUUUUUUUCUUUGUAAAUUUCUGUAAAACUGUUAAUAUAUAUAUAAAAAAAAAGAAAUUGUUCACCAACGAAUGGUUCAAUUACUGUAUAACACUUUGUAAAUGCAAUAGCGAAUAAAAUAUGAAUUAAGAUAUUUCACAGAUCUGCAUUUUAAAAGUUGUUGUGAUGCAAUUAGUGUGAAAUUAUUUUUUAUAAAAAUUAGAAAGUUAAAAAAUUUUGACAAAAGUAAUAAAAUGAAAAAGUAAUCGA